UCGGAUUCUUUAUUUUUUUCUUUAACUAAUUCACCUUUCCUUUUUCUCCCUAUAUCUCCAACUAACAUGCUGUAGGCGCAAUGGCUGACCAAGAAAACGUCGAACCGGAAUCAUUUUUUCUCGUGCGGGCCAAGUUCGACUUUACAGCCACAGAUGGCAGUGCGCUGUCCUUUAAUGAAGGCGACAUCAUUCUUGUCUUUUCAAGAUUGGAAAGUGGGUGGUGGGAUGGCAUGUUGGAUGGAAGAAGGGGUUGGUUCCCUAGCAAUUACGUGGAAGAGGUCAACGAGAACGAAGUGACUGUCACAAAAGGAGAUCAUGCACAGGAACCGGGAUCGGAAGACAAUAUGCUCAACGUGGACGAUGUUUUGAAGGGCGAUUGGGGAGGGGACUGGGGCGGUGUGGGCUUGGAUCAGCUUGCAAGGGAAAUGAUGGAAGGAAACGAGGAGCCAGACGAUGGACUAGGUUUCAUGGUGGAAGCGCAAAGGAGAAAGGCUCAGCUUAGUAACGACAUGACGGACGAGUUCGGCUUGACUACGAAGACAGCGACGAAAGCCGAUCUGCAACAUGAUACGCUCAAGGCUCACCGCAUGUCCUUCCCUGAAGUACCAAAGGACGCAGAAGAGGGUGGGGACGCUUGGAUUCCUUCUAUCACUCCUGACGGCCAGGUGUAUUACCACAAUACCCUGACGGGAGAAGACUCAUGGCAACUUCCAUCGGACACGCCCUUUGACCCUUCCGAUCCUUAUUCUCGGUCAGACGACCAGUUUUUUUCAUCCAUAACCUCUUCGACUCCCCGUACCCUUGGCGACAACAACAACUUCCUUGCUCCCUCUCGAACACAUAGCGACAUACCGUAUCCGUGGAUCAUAAAGCUUAGCGACGAUGGUCGAGAAUGGUUUUAUCAUAACCGUUUAACUGGCCAGACUCAGCGAGAGAGGCCAGCAGGUGGCGAUGCUGAGAGCAUGGUAGACAUCGGUUUGGGUAUGACUCGCCUGUCGAUCAGCUCUCGACCACCAACCAUCAGACAGUCUAUUCUCCUUCGACGAAAAGCGAUUGAAGAAUUGGAAUCCAAAAUGGCCGAUUCUUUGCGCCUUCUCACAACUCCUACUCCUCUACCUACAAUGGGUCUCCUCCUUGAAAUUGUCAAUGAAGCUCUUCGUGAGAUUCUCGAAGCUAUCGUGGCGGGCUCUGCAGCUGAAGAAGAGAUGUCCCGUGCAGCUGAUCUCAGUAGCGAAUCUGGCAUGGCGGCCGCUUUACUUCGUGAAGAAGGUGCUAUUGAAGCCCUUCAAGCGGCUUACCACGCCACUCUUGCUUCAAUUCGUGACCUCCUUCAGUCAUUUGGGUAUAUUGGCCCUGGAGAAUCUAUGGAAGAUCUCCCUCGACCUAGAUGGGUAGGCGAUAUGACCCUCAUCGGCUCAAUCGGUGUUCUCUCCUCAGUUAUUCACGCCGCGGUCAAUUCCAAGCGCCCAUCGGGCACGGGCCUCUCGAUCUGGUCCGAAGUUCUCCGAAGCGCUACCAAACUCAAAGACGUAGUCAACAAUUUCCCUUCACUCUACUUUACUGGUGAUACCUAUAUUUCGACCGACCAACGAGAAGAGAAGGUGGGAAAGCGUGUUAUUGGUUGGCUUGGCUAUGACUCUCUUACUCUGGGUGAACCCAUGGGUGGUAAAUGGGGAUUCGGCAAAACCGGCCAGAACUACAAAAUGCUUGAUCAAUCGAUGGUUGUGGAAUGUCAGCGUGUGCAAGAGGAGUAUGACGAUACGCUCAGAGCCCUUGAAACCUCGCCUGAUUUGACUGAGGGUGUGGUAGAGGUCUUGCGUGUAGCAAACAAAUUUACGAAAGUUGUUACGGGAAUCGACAUUGCGAGUAAAGUCGAUCUGGAUGGAAAUAUGGGGAACAUCUCUGUGGCGGGGUCGAGGACAAGGGAAAAUGAUUUGCAAGAGUAUGCGCAACUGGUAGAACAGGCGAAGCUCAAUCUGGCAGACCUUGACAUUACAUUUCAGUCGAUCAACGAGAUUUCAAUCUCUAUUUUGAAUGCUCUCUCAACUGGACGAAACCCCUCUGAUGAUCUUGAUCAAUUAACAGUCCGACUAAACACCGCAUUCCGAAGCCUUUCUACCCUCCUUAUUAUAUCGCGGGAACAGCAAUCUGCCAAUGAGCAAGGACUCAUACAUGGCCAGAUUGGUGUGCAUUCACCUAAAUUUAACCCUCCCAAACAACCCAGCACUUCUUCUCAGACUCACACCCGUUCAGGUUCCAUCACGUCUACCGCCUCUCGCGCCUCGCUCUUAUCAGACUUAGUUAGGAGAAAGGUCAAGGGUCUGGCAGAAGACUUUACCAAUGCCGAAGACGCUUCUGAAGCACGGGACCGACCAGGGGAGAUGUUUUCUCCCUCUGCUUCCGCCUCCCAAUCUCAAACGUCGUUACAUAACGUUCGCCGAGCAAGCGCAUCAAACAGCAGCACAUCGCUCACGUAUCAGCCCGCCGACAGCGACGGUGCACAAUCUCAGAAAGCAAAUAACCGGAGCUCUCUUCUCAAAGCCUUUAGACGACACCGCCCAGGCUCAGAUACCUACGAUAACCAAGGCGGGUCCUCUCGCAAGGGUACAUCUAAGAAGCUCGCAAAGUUACUAGGUGAAGAUAUGUCACAGAUAUCUGUGGUUAGUGUGCCCCCACCGCAUCCUCAUCCCCAUCCGCAUCACAUUCAACAACAACAAAUGCACCGCCCGCCGCCUGCUCAGCCAGAGACACCGUGGUACAUGAUGGAUGAUUACGUGGCAGGCGAGAUUAUAUUUGAUGAGAAAGGAGCAGUCAAAGCCGGUACUCUUAGAGCUUUAAUUGUGCGAUUGACAUCGCAUACUAUUGCCGAUACGCCCUUCUUCCAAGCUUUUCUUUUGACCUUCCGGUCGUUCACGAAUCCUGCUGAGCUUUUCAAUCAUCUCCAAGACCGGUAUUACCUUCCUCCGCCCCCGGAACUCAACCGAGAACAGUAUGAAGAGUGGCGUAAUAAGAAGAAGUGGUAUAUUCAGCUAAGAGUGGUGAACGCGUUGAGGCAAUGGCUGGAGAAGCAUUUUAUUAGAGCGACGGAUGAUGCCGUGCUGAGCAAGGUGGAAGAAUUGGCGUUGAGGAUGCCUGAGGAGGAUGGGAAGGCGGAGCUGAUGUCGAAGCAAUUGUUACAACUGGUUGCGAAACGCCGUCAGAGUGAACCUGAACAAAUAAAUUCCGGGACAUCCGGUUCUCUCCUCUCCCCACCCGCUUCUCUGCUGCCGCGCGUCUCUGGCCGUGCCCUUCGAUUGACUGACAUCGCCCCUCUUGAGCUUGCACGACAAUUGACCAUCCUUGAAUUCACGCUAUAUCAAAGAAUCAAGCCUACUGAAUGCUUACAAAAGAUCUAUGCGGACGAAGUACAAGGUCAAUUGUUGGCGCCGAAUGUGCGAAAGGUGAUUCUCACGGCGAACAUUCUGGCUGGCUGGAUUGCGCUAGUUAUUUUGCAACAUAAGGAUGCAAAGUUAAGAGCACAGGUGUAUAAGCAUUGGCUUCAGACCGCAGUUGAAUGUCGAAACUUGAAUAACUUUUCGUCUGUCGCUGCUAUCAUUGCCGGCCUCAAUUCCUCUCCCGUAUCUCGACUACGUAGGACCAGGGAACUCCUGAGCGCCAAAACUCUCGCUAUUAAAGAGGACCUUGAUAAAGCGAUGGAUUCUUCGAGAAAUUUCAUGAACUACAAGGAAAUGCUCAAAACUAUCAAUCCCCCUUGUGUGCCUUUCCUAGGGUUCUAUCUCACGGCUUUGGUGUUUAUUGAGGAUGGUAAUAAGGCUUUCAUCAAACCCGGCGCACCCACGAAGGGCAACUCUAUGCCACCCUCAAUGUCGAAUGGCUCUUUAUCCGCCUAUGCUUCCUCUUCCCAACAGUCCAAUCCUGCGCAAGAAGAGACUGUCAUUCCCACCAAGCCGCUGAUAAACUUCUUCAAACGCUCGUUAUCCGCCGAAAUCCUUCGAGAUAUUCAGCAAUACCAAUCGAUGCCCUACAGGCUUGCAAGAAGCAGACUCAUCCAAGAUUGGAUGCAAAAGGAGUUUGAUAUAGUGCAUAACGAUACAAGGGACUAUUACGAAUUGAGUGUGGAGGUUGAGCCAAGAGAGAAGGAAGAGGAGAGAAUUACGAGAAUGUUACAUGAUUCUGGGUUUAUAUAACGAAUACUAGUUCAUAUAACGAACACUACUGUAUCAAGCGGACCCAGUUGCCAUGUCGGGUGGUAAGAAACGAUCUGCACGAAACGUCACGCAAAAUCAUGAUAUCUAUCGGAGUAGCCUAUCGUAAAAGCUAUCUGUGAAACAUAAUAAUUAGCUGUUUGUUUUUUUCGGCUAUUCUUUUUCCUUAUUAGGGUUUAAAUGUAUAUUUUGAAAAGCA